GUCUACGUGAUCAAAUUUUAACUUCCGCAUACUAACAUGAACAGGAGAAGCGUACAUCACUGUUAGGCGUUCAAAUAACAUUUAUCAGAAGAUCUGGAUAAAAUGUCAGACUCAGAAUCUGAUUCGGACUAUUGUGUUGACUGGGAGGAGCCCAGAGACAAAAUGAGUCAUACUCGUAUGUCCACUGAUAACACAGUUGUCGCCCUUCGCCCAUCAGAGGAGACUUUUGAACGAUGGAGCUGUCUACCUCUAGAAACGAAGAGAGAAGCUGGACAGCGUUUGAAGAUUUGUGCCUUCUGGCUUCCUAUUCUGCUGCAGCGUGAGAAAAGUCCUACCGCAGACUGGGCUGUGCAAAUAGGUCUAGUUGACUCAAAUGACAGCGAUGACCUGAGUUUGAAGCAGCUGAAAAAGAUUGAAACGCUGGAAGCGAUCUUCAGAGCCCUGGAGAGAGGAACUCUAAAAAAGGAACAGUCGAAGCGCAUUGUGUGGUUAAGCAACAUGUUUAACUUGCGUUCCAAAGAGGUUUUGGAUGAUGCGAUGAACUGGUUGGAGUGGGCAGGAGAACCAACGAUCCGGCGACGUAUCAUGGAACUCGGCCACCGACACAUCUGCCUCUCAGCUUUGCACCUUAUCUUUACAGAGUUUGCUAAGUAUAUUCAGGAAAUGGGUUCAAACUUGGAGCGAACGAUGAAGUCGCUAACAGCCCGACCAUCUGACUAUCAGAUAGAGAAAAGUGAAGAAAUGAAGAAAAAAGGAAAUGACAACUUCCAGAAAAAGCAGUAUGACGACGCUGUGAAGUUUUACUCAAAAGCCAUCAAGUUUUAUCCUGACAACCACAUCAUUUAUGGGAACAGAGCGCUCUGUUAUAUCCGAUCUCAGAAAUAUCUAAAAGCGGUCGGCGAUGGAAAACGUGCUACUCUGAUAAAACCACUCUGGGCAAAGGGUCACUACCGCUACUGUGAGGCCCUGUUCUCCUUGGGAGAGUUCAAAAUGGCCAUUGAAGCCAAUAAGUUAGCCCAGAGUCUUUGUAAGAACGACCAGGAGGGGAUGAAAGACCUGGAACAGCAACACCAGAAAUUCAUCGCUGAAAGGCCGGACAUCAAAGUGGGACAUCCUAAGAAAACUCAUAGUAAAAGACUGGGCAGCACUAACCGAGCACAGGGAGCAGACACAAGAACACAGCCAGUAAAAGUUGUUAAUAAGCCUGAACCUCCUCCACAAAAUAAGGUCUCAGAUGUUAAAUUGGAAAAGCAACCAGUGAAAAAUGAAAAGACUGCACAGACAGAAAGCAGCACUAAAAACUCUAAACCAUCAAAAAGUGAGGUUUCUUCUAAGACUGGGAAAGGAGAGUCCAGCACCACAGCGAAGAAAAAAUCAAAGAAUAAAAAUCAGCGUGAAGAAAAGACCCAGAAGGUAGAUGACAGUAAAGCGAGUGUGUGUAUACAGUUGAGAUCGAUGGUGCAGGACGCACACACUGCUCUGACUGACCUCCGCAGCCGCAACGCAGAGCAAGCCUUUAGCCAGGCACUGGUCUUACUGGAAAUCAACACACCAAAGGAACUUGGACUUUCUACUGUGGAUGUUUUGUUGUUGCUGUACGGUCGCGCAUCCGCCCUGACAGAAAUUGGACAGCCUGAGGAACUUGGAGAAGCACAAAGACUUCUGGAGAAGAUCAGAUCAUUUGAGGAGAGGACAUUUCAGUGUCUGGUUUACUACGCCGUCGGAAGAGUUUAUCUCAAAGAAAACAGGUUUUCAGUUGCUCUGGAGCAGUUUUUAGAUUCCCUGCAGACCGUCAAGAAUCAAGUAACUCCGGGUAAACUCACCUGGCCUUUAACAAAAGAGGUUGUCAAAGAAACGCAGCCGGACUAUUUCAAGGAAGUUCUGGAGAGUGCUAUAGAACUGUGCAAAUUUCCUCCUAUUCCUGAUGCCAUUUGUCGACUUGAGAAAUGCCUCGGCUCUCCGAAAACUGAAAUCUACUUCACUGACCCAGAUUUUAAGGGCUUCAUUCAGAUAUGCUGCUGUCAGAGAUGUGUCGUUGAAUACCACAUCGCCUGCUGGAAGACCCUCAAGACAUCAUCUUUCUCUGAAAAGAAUGAAAAGGAUUUCUUACAUGAGUCAUGUUUGACUCCGGACUGUGUUGGCCAGAUCUGUGUAAUAAAGAUCUAUGGUCCAACAGGCCUGGUGAAGUGUAAGUUUGAAGUUGCCAUAACCAAACCACAAACUCCGAAGAAACCCAAAGUGAAUCAGAAAUGUACAAGUCUGAAGAAGUUGAAAUCCAAGGAGGAGCACAGGCUCAAGAGGAAGCAGCAUAAACAGUCAUUUCAAGAAAAGCAGGUUAUCAACGAUGAGAUCCUGCAGCAGAAAGACUCAGACUCAGCAACACAGAGUCAACAGAAAGCCUGGUUGGUGUACAGGGAUCGAGUUCUUCUGCAGAUCAGCCAGAACUUGGAGCUGCUAAGACAGGAGAAGGGCCUCCAUGUGUCGGCCCUGAUCGGUAGCCUCAAGCCAUGGUUGGAGCUGGACUCGUCGAGGGGGAACCAGGUAGCCGUGAGGAUACUGAACUGGCAGCAGGAGCAGCUGGAGACUCUAAGUCAGGCUGUCGAGCUGCUACUGGAGAGGAAGAACCGGGUUUGGGCUCGUGUCCUUAUCCAAGUACUCAGUUGCUGUCUGGAUAUAAAUCCUAAACUGAACAAAUGGGCGUGCCAGCUCAACAAUGCAGGUCUGAAUGCUUCCAAAUCCUUCAUUGACCGUUAUGGAGAGCACUUGGAGCAGCUGGAUCUGAGUUUUCUGCUCAACUUUGGCCCGUUGCAGGACGCCAUUAUAGAGAAACUCGGCACUAGGCCGGAGCUUUUUUCAAGCAUUGGCUUAUCUGUGACUGAAUACCUAAAACAAGCCUCACCACAUGACACAAGACUCUUUAUCUGGACUCUGGAGGAGCAUAGGGACGAGUAUGUCUCCUGCCACCCUAUACUGGAUGAGUAUUUUGAUAUGAUGGAUGGACAUUGUUCGGUCUUAAAAAAGUCUGAUGAAAAUCAAAAUAAUUCUCCUAUGAAGAGUCGAGGCAGGAAAAAGAAACAGAAGGAGCCAAAGGGUGUUAUUGUUUUGUCUGGGAUGAGGGGCAUAACUCCAAGAGAUGAGUGGGAACAAGACUUUAUUGAAGAUGACUCUUUAUCAUUCCUUCACCCCGGUGAUCCGUUCAGUGUGCCAAGUCACCUUCGAGAGCAAGUGGCUGAUUUUGAGGACCAGUACAACACCACCAGACACAGAGCACACUUUAAAAGCAUUUUGGACAACAACCCCGACCCAACAAAAGAGAGUUUGUAUGACUACUUUGCUCAGAUCUUAGAGGAGCAUGGUCCGCUGGUUGCUGAUGACCCUCUGCUGGUUGGUGAACUGGUGAAUUUUCCCGCCGAGGCUCAGCAAACGAUCCAAAAAUCAGGCGGCUUCGAGUCCUUCCUCCUGGAGUCCCUUCGCUUCAUAAAGAUGGGGCGGUGUAUCGGCUUGACUAGGCACGCCGUCUCCCUGCAGCAGGCCGGACACGGAGCCUGCCUGGACGACCUGGAUGAAAUAGACUCAGACUCUCCUGAUUUUGUUGCUGGUCAUGAUCCUGCUUUCACAAGAUAUCUGGGCUGUUAUUCAUCAGCACAGACUGAAUUCUGUCCCGUCCUCCCAAGCGAUUAUUUAUUUGACCCUCAGCCUCCUCCAUUUGGCCAGUCAGCUAGUGGAGUAACUCUAAAUCAACUGAAUGAUCCAUUAUACCUUUGGGCGAAUGGGGACAGUCAACAGCAUGCCUACUUUUUACCUGAUGACUUCGGGGAGCUGGAUCUACCUGCCACUGACGGUCAUGGGGGACUUUUGGAAACUUCUUCGGUUACUUCAAGGACAAGUGAAGAAAGCCCUUUGAAGAAACACGCAGAAGUUCAGACGUGUCAGGAGACCAUGAGGAGCGUAGCGGUGAAUACAGAGAUGCACGAGCGUUUUGAGAGCUGCCAGGGCGACAUCAAUAAAAAAUUAAAGACCAACAAGGAGUUGGAGCAGAAGAUUAUGAACAUGGAGAGGGGCUAUGACAAAGUCAACCUGAGACACAAAGAAGACAUUGCUGUUCUUGAGGAAGACGUUCAGAAGAUCAAUGCCAAUAUACAAGUGACCAAAAAGGAGCUGGCGCUGUUCCAGCAGAAACUGGAGGAGGAGGUGAAGAAGGACCAGAAGGAGAAGAAAGCCAACCAGGAGGGACUGAAGUCUCUGAAGCUGGAGAUAGACGAGCUGGUGGAAGAGCAGGGGAGUCUUACCCAUAGCAUCCGAGAGAAGAAAAGCAGCUAUGACACAAAGUUUCAUGAUUUCAUAGAGCUGAGCAACCAGUCAGCAGCUGAGAAGAUGAGUCUAGAGGAUGAGAUCAAGCGCUGUAAGGCCUUGUUUAGCUCAGUGACCAGGAGGUCUCACGCAGCUCAGGUGUCAGUCGUGGAGAGCAGUCGUCAGGGUUUGUACGGCCUCUACAGAGAGCUGGCCAACGGCAAGGCUCUGCUGACCAAACUGGACAAAGCACUACACAGAUAUCCAAACCAAGAGCUGGAAAUAACUCGAAGCAGCUGGAGAGUUAAAGUACAAGAAGUUGAAAAGAAAAUCGCCGCCGCGGAGGCUCGUUACAAGGAGCAGCUGGAUCAGGUGAAGAACGGCGGAAGAGUCAGUGAGCUGCCUCCAGUCGCCACCACCAACCAGCCUGAACCUGCAGCUGCACCACUGUUAGCAGCAGCCAAAGAGUUCGCUCCUCCAUCUUUGGCCUCACGCGGUGCUUCUCCGAUCGUCCACCCGCCUGCAGCUGAAGCAUCGGCCGCUCCGCCUCAGCAUAAAGCUCCGACCAGGACGCCGGAGCCUUCGCACAACACGGUGUUUGACAAAGCCAUGGAGCGCCUGACCACCAUGUUCCCUGACUAUACCAGAUCAGACUUGUCGAGGUUUGUUCAGGAGCUGCGCUCAUCCAGCGGUGGAAGCCUCAGCAACAUGGCGUUGCAGGAUAUGGUCGGCGGAGUGACACAGCUCAUCCUGGACCAUCAGGAGAAGCUCAACGCUGCCAAAUCAAACACCGUGGGACGUGGGAGUCCGGCUCAAAAUGCCACCGCGCCUUUUGUCAUCCCAGCGUGGCAGUCACUCGGACACCAGAGAGUCACACACCCCAACGCACUGAAUGCGGAGGAUCCUUGCAUCAUCUGUCAUGAAGAUAUGAGUCCAGAUGACAUCUAUGUGCUGGAAUGCAGACACAGCUUCCACCUCAAGUGCAUAAGGUCGUGGCUGAAGGAGCAGAGCACCUGUCCCACCUGCAGAGAUCAUGCAUUGCUGUCUGAAGAUUUCCCUGUGCUGCCUGGGAGAAAGCGCCAAGCCCUGUGACGUCUUCACCCAGUCUCAACACUCCUUUUCCUCAAUAUCCCCUCAAUAUACCCUUCACCACUCACAUGUGUGAUUUUUUUCUUUUUCUUAAAUAUGUGAUCUUUUUUUUUUCUUAAAUCACAGUUUUUUUGUACCCUGAAAAAUGUUCAAUCAGGCGAUUUAUAUUUGAAUAAACAUAAAAUAAUCUUG